GUUGCGUUCGCAUUUCUCUGUCACUUUCCCGAAUGUUUGUUCCAUUUUUCCUAUUUUAACCCGUUGAUAUUCCGUGGAUUUAAUCGAUAAUAGAGUCAUAAUAAUCCCCGUGCAGCUCAAUCUAUCAAAAUAUCAAAGUUCUGUUGAUUUUCGUGACGAUUUUGGUGGAAACUCAUGGAUUUGGAGGUUAUAAACUGUAACGUUGUGCCCAUGCUUUUAAUAUCUAAUUAAAUUACGAAAAUCACAUUGAUUAUUGACAAUAAUGGUAUUAGAAUUACAAGAAACAAGUGAGAAUACCGAUUAAUGCUACAGUGUUUCGUUGAUGAAGAGGAAUUUAUAGAUUUGAAGUCGGUGUAAAUAGACUAAUAAUUAUUCCGGUGCUGUUUUCUGCAGUAAAAAUGAGGAAGUUUCUUUAAUUUUUGCGAAGAUUCCGACGAUAAUUUAUCGGUUUUGAGGUUAUAAGCUAGAAUAUUAUCUCCAUGCAUUCAAUAUUUAAUUAAAUUGAGAAAAUUCCAUUGAUUGUUGACAAUAAAAGUGUUGGAAUCAUAAUCAACAAGUGAAAAUAAUGAGUAGUACUUCAGUUUUUCGUUGAUGAAGAAGAAUUCAAUGACCCGAAAUCGAACUGAAUAGACUAAUAAUAAUUGCUGUGCUGUUUUCUGUAUCAAAAAAUCAAAGUUUCCUUAAUUUUAACUAAAAUUAAUGGAAAAUUAUCUUCAUCCUUCCAAUAUGGACUAAAAUUUAGAAAAUUCCGUUGAUUAUUGACAAUAAAAGUGUUAGAAUCAUAAUCAACAAGUGAAAAUAAUGAGUAGUACUUCAGUUUUAUGUUGGUGAAGAAGAAUUUAACGAUUUUAAAUCGAAGUGAGUAGGCUAAUAAUUAUUGCUGCGCUAGUGUUUUCUGCAUCAGAAAACCAAAGUGUCAUCAGUUUUGUGUGAAGACUCUGACCAAUACUUAUCGUUUUAAACUAAAAAAUUACCUUCAUCCUUCCAAUAUCUAAAAACAUGUGAAAAAUUCCGUUGAUUAUUGAAAAUAAAAUUGUCCUAAUUAUAAUCAAGAAGUGAAAAUAAUGAUUAAAACUUCAGUUUAUCAUUGAUGAAGAAUUUAACAACUUGACAUCGAAGUGAAUAGACUAAUAAUUAUUCCUGUGCAGUUGUUUCCCACAAAAACCAAAGUUUCCUCAGUUUCUGUGAAAACUUACCGUUUUAAACUAAAAAAUUACCGUCACCCUUCCAUUAUCUAAUAAAUUUUUAAAAAUUCCAUUAACUAUUGACAAUAAAAGUGUCAGAAUCACAACCAAGAAGUGAAAAGAACGAUUAAUCCUCCAGUUUUUAUUCAACGACGAGGAAUUCAGUUCGCAACUGAUGUAAAUUAAACGAAAAAAAGAUAAAAUGAGUGAUAAAAGUAGUGAUUCGGAGGAAUUGGAGGUGAAUCCCAGCGGAAAAAAUGUCCCUGGUGCAUCGAGAGACGUGAAACCUUCGGGAAACCCAGAAAAACCCAGAGAAAAGCCCCCGGAAGGUGACGUUGAGGAGUUCGAUACCGACGAGGAAGAGGAAUCCAAUCCCAAAGCCUCGAAAUCAGGGGCUGAUCAACCCCCCAGUGAUUACUCCCAGCAUUUGACUUACGAGGGGGAUUUGUGCAUUUACACGGAACCAGGAACAGGGAGGAAGUUGAUCUGGGACAAGGAGAAGAACUCCUGGGUCCCUAGGGAGGCUGAGGAGGCUGAGGGGCCUGAGAACCCCAUGCAGAAUUACGAAUUCGAUGGGAAGAACUAUGUUUACACUGACCAAGCGUCCAAUGUCACUUAUAAGUUCGAUCAGGAUAAGAAGGAGUGGGUUGUGAAGGAGGAGAGGGGGAGUGGACCUGAGGUGGCUGCCCCUGGGGGUGUCUAUGGAUUUGAGGACGAUACUCACACGUAUACUGACCCCAAUGAUGGCUCUGUUUACAUGUGGGAUCGAGAGAAGAGCGCGUGGUUUCCGAAAAUCGAUGAUGAUUUCAUGGCUAGAUACCAGAUGAGCUACGGUUUCACAGAUCCAAACGCGCGUCCUCCCUCUCCUCCAGCACGAAAACCAGAUGAAAAAUCGAAGAAAGAAGCUGAAAAGGAAUUGAAAAAGGCCGAAGCGAAGAGAAAAGCCGCUGAGCCACCAACUUGGUUCGAGGUGGAUGAGGCGCACAAUACAGCAAUCUACAUAUCUGGGUUACCGCUCGAUAUUACGAUGGAUGAACUGAUUGAACUUGUUGGAAAGUGUGGUCUUGUUGCACGAGACGACAAGAAUAAAGACAAAAUCAAAAUGUACAGGGACUCGGAGGGUAAUCCAAAGGGAGAUGCAUUGUGCACGUACAUCAAGGUCGAGUCCGUUGAUUUGGCGCUGAAGGUCCUCGAUGGUUCUCAGAUGCGGGGGAAAACGAUUGCCGUCCAACGAGCCAAAUUUCAGAUGAAGGGACAGUACGAUCCAACGUUGAAACCCAAACGCAAGAAGAAGGACAAAGACAGGCAGAAGAAAAUUCAAGAGAAGUUGUUCGACUGGAGACCGGAUCGUUUUCCCGGUGAGCCAAUGAAGUGUGAGCGUGUUGUCAUCAUAAAGAACUUGUUCACUCCCGAGGACUUUGAUAAGGAUGUUGCACUUCUUCUUGAGUAUCAGCAGGACAUACGUUCUGAAUGCAGCAAGUGCGGUGAUGUGAGAAAGGUCACGGUUUACGAUAGACAUCCUGAAGGUGUUGCCCAGAUAACAUUUCGAGAGCCAAGUGAAGCGCAGGCUUGCAUACAGUUGUUGAAUGGUCGGUGGUUUGGACAGAGAAAAAUUACCGCGGAAAUAUGGGAUGGCAAGACUAAAUACAAGAUCGCUGAGACAGAUGCAGAAAUUGAGGCAAGGCUCGACAAGUGGGAUAAAUUUUUGGAGCAAGAGGAGGAAAAGAAAGAGGCGGCAGCUAAAGCUGAGGCGUGAAGACAGUGGAAAUAGAGUAUCAAUUAUCAUAGAUUCUAAGCGAUGAUCAAGGUGAUAAGAAGAUCUAGGCAGAAUUCUACCUCUCAUUACAAUGCAGAAACAAUAAAU